UUCAGUUAACAAACAUACGUCCUCGUGUUAGUGUUUCCCCGUAUAUACUACAUUCUAAACUAGUGUAACAGUAUACUAAUAGGCCUGCUUGUCGAAGAUGGACGAAUUGUCGAUGAUACCUGAUUUAACAAUGUCUUCUAUUAAGAUCGACUUGUUACACAGGUUAUAGCACAGUCCAAGACGGGUUAUAUAUUGAAUCGAAGCGGCACCUGAGUUUAUUUGACAGAUCGAAUCACAGUAUGCUUGUUUAUCUUUAUGUUUAUGUACCUUGAUAUUGUUUUGUUUACUGUUGUGAAUAUGGCGUCGUUGGUGGCAGAUUACAGUUCUACUGGUUCGGAAAGUAGCAGUGACACAGAUUCAGAAGAAGAUGUCGAAGAAACGAACAAAGGAGGCUGCAGUUCUGAGAAGCUUCCUCAUCCUGAGUUUGGCUCUGCUGGCAUAUCCUGCAUGAAGAGUUCUGUGUUCUCUAAUCCCUUUGUAGAGGCAGAAAAUGCAAAGAAAGCCAUUCUUGAGAAACAUGUUAAAAUGACACCCACAAAAGAAGAGAUAACGAUGAUUAAUGGGAAGAAAAUAUGUUGGAAUUUCAGGAAAGGAAGAUGUAGAUUUGGCCACAACUGCAAAUUUGCACAUGAUUCUGAUUUGCCAAAUAUGAAUACAGAAAAUCAGUCUGAAAGUGGUGAUGUAUAUAAUGGUCAGACAGUUGUUUUACAUGACAGUGUUGGAACUGGUGAUUCUGAAAUUAGCAAAUGUAGUGAGAAUUUACUAAGUGUAGUAAGUAAGAAAAAGAGGCCAGGUCUUGCACAGGAACUUGUUCCUGGAAAGAAGGUACUGAAAUUGUACAAAAAACAAAAAGUUAAGGAUGGUGUUUGGAGUGGUAGCACAGCUGGUAACAAGUGAAAAUGUUUAUAACUGGAAAUGAAUUGCAGUUUUUCUUUUAAUUAUAAAUAUGAACUUCUAAUAUAUACAUUUUAGUUUU